AUGGAACCAUAUAAUUUAACAAAUAACUUGGAAUUGCGUCUCCUUGGUCUGUCAGAGGACCCUGAACUGCAGCUCAUCUUAUUUGUACUGUUUCUGCUCAUAUACCUGCUCACUGUCCUUGGAAAUGUGCUCAUCAUCGUUGCCAUCAGCUCUGAUUCCCACCUCCACAGCCCCAUGUACUUCUUCCUCUAUCAUCUGUCAUUGUCUGACAUGGGCUUCAGCAGCACCACCAUUCCCAAAAUGCUGAGAAACAUGCAGAUCAAUAACAAAUCCAUAACUUAUGCAGCCUGCCUAACUCAGGUGACUUUCUUCUUCCUUUUUGGAUGUAUGGACAGCCUACUACUCACAGUGAUGCCCUAUGACAGAUGGGUAGCCAUUUGUCACCCUCUACACUACCAAGUCAUUCUAAAUCCUUGUCAGUGUAAAUGUUUGGUCAUAGUAUCAUUUUGUAUCAGUCUCAUGGAUUCACAGGUACACUGCUUGAUGGUGUCACAACUAAAAUUUUGCACUAACAUAGAAAUCCCACAUUUCUUCUGUGAUGUUCCAGAGCUUCUAAGACUUGCCUGCUCUGACUCCUCUACCAAUAACAUAGUCAUAUUUCUUGUCAGUAUCAUUGUUGGUUUCCUCCCUGCCUCAGGAAUCUUUUACUCCUACUAUAAAAUUAUUUCCUCCAUUAUUAGAGUUCCCUCAUUAUUAGGGAAGUAUAAAGCCUUCUCUACCUGUGGAUACCUGUCAAUUGUUUACUUAUUUUAUGGAACAGGUCUUGGUGUGUACCUUAGUUCAUCUAUUUCUAGUUCUCCCAAGGAUAGUGUGGUGGCUUCGGUAAUGUAUACUAUGGUUGUCCCCAUGAUGAACCCUUUCAUCUAUAGCCUAAGAAACAGGGAUAUAAAAAAAGCCCUCCAGAAAAGUGUUAGUCAAAUAACGUAUUACCUACCUAUAUAA